AUGGCCGGGAACAAAACUGAUGAUUUGGGAUCAGUGUUUGAUAAUGAGCAGAAGACGGACAAAAUUGACGAUUUGGGAUCUGUAUUUGAUGUUUCCGUGAAGAGUUUCGAUUUUCCGGUGCUGGAAGGGAUUGAUACAUCGGUUGAAUCUCUGUAUCUGUACAAGAACUUCUUCAAUCUCAUUCCGAGCUCAGUGGGUUCUCUCAAGUCCUUGAAGACAUUGAAAUUUUUCGCGAAUGAGUUGAAUUUGUGUCCUGAGGAAUUCAGCUAUUUGAAUGGGUUGGAAUGCCUGCAAGUGAAAGCCGCCGCCGCACCGGUGUUAAGCGGGUUAGAUUUCGGCAAGUUGAAGUCUUUGAAAGAGCUGGAGCUGAGUAGAGCACCUUCCAAGCCAUCGUCGGUUCCUGCUCUUGGCGACAUAGCUGCCCUGAAGAGCUUGACUAAGCUCUCUGUUUGCCAUUUCUCAAUCAGGUACCUUCCUCCUGAAAUUGGUCAUCUGUGUAAUUUGGAGUAUUUGGACCUUUCGUUUAACAAGAUGAAGAACUUGCCAGCUGAGAUAACCUUCUUGGAAUCCUUAGUGUCUCUGGAGGUUGCAAACAAUAAGUUGGUAGAGUUUCCGUCUGGUUUUUCUUCCAUGAAAAGAUUAGAGAAGUUGGAUGUCUCGAACAAUAGGUUGGCAUCCUUCGUCUGGUUAGAACUUGAAUCGAUGCUUACCCUUCAGAGGCUAAAUCUUCAGAACAAUAGGCUUCGUGUUUGUGGUCAAAUACCUUCAUGGAUAUGCUGCAACUUUGAAGGGAAUGGAGAAGAUUUGUUAAUUGAUGAGUUUGUCAGUUCUGCAGAUAUGGAUGGUGUAGAAUGUUUGCCUCUGGCCGCUGAUUGUGCAAAAGAUUCUUCUGUAAUAACAAUGAGCCAUUCUGUCUCGACAACAUCUGUUUCUACGAGGAAGUCAAAGGGAUGGAAAAGACUCCACAAUUGGCAACAAAGAGCUCGUCAAGAAAGAUUGAAUAGCAGCAGUGGGGAGGGGAAAGUGAAAAAUCACUCUGCUAUUAGAAAAUCUCCUGAAGCUUGUUUGAUGUGUCCUGAUGACUCUGUGGUCGAUGGUUCAUCCGCUAUUCUAGUUGAGGAGGUUCGGGGCAGAAAAUUAUCAUAUGAAGAUGAUGAUGACUUUCAGAAUUCAGUUACAAUUACGCAGGAUGAUGAUUUAACAACCUUGAAGGAAGAAGCUUAUAAUCGGAGGUGCGCCUGCAAUGUGCUUGACUCUCAUCAGAAACAUAAGAAGAUGAAGAGUGCUUGUGAGGGGAACGAUGAUGAAUCUUUAAGUUCUAUACCGAUUGCUGGUGAUCUGCAAGAUGAAUGCUUAGGUUCUGAUGCAUCCAGCGGUUUAACAAAGUCAAAAAGGCAUUCUGAUGCAGAACCUGAUAACCCCAAGCCUAGGAAAUAUAGAAGACCGAUGGGCAAUCAGUUAGACAUCUCAAGCAAGUAUAACCGGGUUUCAUACUGUUCAAUGGAUGACUAUCUAUCGGAUGGGUUUUAUGAUGCCGGGCGAGAUAGACCGUUUAUGCCUCUGAAUAGUUAUGAGGAAAUUCUGCCGCUUGACUCACGUGAAGUUAUUCUUCUGGAUCGGGAAAGAGACGAGAAACUUGACGUCAUUCUGCUCUGUGCUCAAGCACUGGUGUCUCAGUUCAGGCGGAUUAAUGGAUUACUAAAGGAAAGUGCUAAUGGAGCUACUGAUUCUAUUCAGAUUGCGUCCUUGCUUGCCUUUUUCAUUUCUGACCAUUUUGGUGGUAGUGACAAAAGUGCCGUUGUGCUGAAAGCAAGAAAGGAUGUUUCUGGUUCAAACUAUCUGAAACCCUUUGUCUGCACUUGCCCAACAGGCAAUGAUGACAGAACUAAAAGAGCCAUGGAAGAGAGUCUGGAUGGUGCUGGAGACAUUGCUUUCCAUUAUAUAUGUGAGAAGGCUCUUCAAUCUAUAAAGGGAAGACUUAAGUCAGUUGUUGUUCCUAUUGGUAGCCUGCAGUUUGGUGUGUGCAGACAUAGAGCUGUACUUAUGAAGUACCUCUGCGACAGGGUGAAUCCUCCGUUACAAUGUGAACUUGUUCGCGGCUUUUUGGAUUUUUCACCCCACGCCUGGAAUGUGAUUACUAUAAAGAAGGGUCAGUCGUGGGUUCGCGUGAUCGUGGAUGCAUGCCAUCCAAAUGAUAUAAGAGAGGAAACAGAUCCUGAGUAUUUCUGUAGGUAUAUUCCUUUAAGUCGGAUGACUACUGCAUCUGUUGUCACUGAUGAUAAUUCUCCUCCAGAAUUCCCUGCACUUUCUAACUCUGAGCAAUUAGGCAAGACGGAAUCUAAUACCGUUCUGGAGUGUACAAUUGGAUCAGUUAAAGCUGCAGCAAAGGUGCGUACACGGGAAGUAUGCGGGACUUCUGCAGAUAAGAUCAGGAAUUUUGAGCUCUCUUGUUUAGGGGAAGCCAGAAUGCUGAGUUCUUUAACACAUUCUUGCAUUGUGAAAUAUUAUGGUCAUCAGGUCUCAUCUAAAUGGGUUUCAUCAUCGAAUGGAAAUCCAGAUGUCCGCAUCUUGCAAUCGGCCCUAUUUAUGGAGUACAUAAAAGGAGGUUCCUUGAAGCUUUACUUGAAAGAACUAGGAAGGACUGGCGCAAACCAUGUUCCUGUUUUGUUGGCAAUGUUUAUUGCUCGAGAUGUUGCAUCUGCAUUGGCGGAACUGCACACUAGGCACAUUAUUCAUCGCGACAUAAAGAGUGAAAAUGUUUUGAUCGACCUGGAUGAGAAGAAAGACGAUAACUCGCCUACUGUGAAGCUCGCCGACUUUGAUAGGGCAGUCCCUCUUCGCGCAAGCUUACAUUCAUGUUGUAUUGCUCAUACUGGUAUACCUCCUCCGGAAGUUUGUGUUGGAACCCCACGUUGGAUGGCUCCAGAGGUGCUGCGAGCCAGGACCAAAAACAGCUUGUACGGUCUGGAAGUUGAUAUUUGGUCAUAUGGAUGCCUGAUUCUGGAACUGCUGACAUUGCAAAAUCCUUACUCAGGUAUAGAGGACCAAGACAUUCAGAAAAAUCUUGAGAGAGGAAAGCGGCCACCGCUAACCAAAGAGCUGGAAGGAUUGGUUGAUUGUUGCAGCAGGGUGUUGGAUGAUCCAGAAACGAUGGCACGGCUCGAGGAAUCGGAAAUCGAAACUAAAAUGCUGAGGUUUCUUGUGUCGAUGUACCGUUGGUGUACGGAGAGUGACCCGAGAGACCGUCCAAGUGCAAAUAAGCUACACAAAAUGUUCGCAGAUGCAAGCUUGAUUUGUUCAAAAAGUUUUUGUAAAGACUAG